AGGGAAGCUUUCCGUGCAUUCACUAUCUACUUUAUUUUCGGAAUUAAAAUUAAAGUUGACUCAAUUAACGUGAUUGCCUAGAUUUAUUAUGUUGUUUGUUGGCCUUUGGACUUCCCGGCCCUAAUAUUCUAUGGGAUUGUGUGUUCAGUGAUCCGAGAUUGAGAGGAAUCUUAUGUGCGUUGUUUGUCUGUCAUAUACUUAUGGCACGGAAUUCCUAAAUAGACUUCUAUGUCGGGGGAUAGAAUAAAAAUAACAUCGGUUUGCGUCGAAGGGUCAGUGAGCGGCGGAGCCUGAUCAUGGCUACGUUCAUAACGAUGACGGCUAAGAUAUGCUUUGCAACGUUGUUUAUUCUCGGUUUCCAUUUAGUUCUGGGAGUACCACCACAAGACGAGCACCUGCCCCCCCGUCCGAAAGACGGCGGCGUCGAGACGCGUUACUGCGCGUACUACAACGGCUCUCCACCGAUAUGUGAUCCCAGCGACCCCACCUGCGACCCCAUCCAGAAAGAGGACUGCCAACCAGUCGAAAAGGACAAGAGCAACCACUGCGUGCAGUUAUGGCACUACAAUACAACAACAAACACCUCCACACUACAGUUUAAAGGCUGCUUCCUCGACACUGUCUCUUGCAGCGACAAACCCACACCAUGCCGGAUACACAGCGCAAAACUCUUGCUGCUACACUGCUGCUGCGAAGGCGACAUGUGCAACACUAAUGACACAUUCCCCGGUUUACCGCCUCCAGAUUCUACGGAUGAGCCUCAAGAGGAAAUACCAAUGGAACGGAUACCUGGAUCUGAUGAUGAUACGAAAGCUAUCAUCGCUUAUACUCUGACACCGUUGUUCAUACUUUUCAUUGCUCUCGUCGGCUGUUAUCUUCUGUAUAGACGGCGCAAAGGCAGUACGUUUGCUGAGCUCGCGAAUGGCGAAGGAUCUCUAUCUAGGCCUCCGUCUAUGGGGGUGGGAAUGGACAAUGAGCCUGUAGACUUGGUUGGCCUAGUGACCUUAUGUGAGGUGAGGGCUAGAGGGCGCUUUGGGGCUGUGUGGCGCGCGCAGCUCGGUCAGAAAGACGUGGCCGUCAAGGUGUUCCCGCUGCAGGACAAGCAGUCCUGGCUGGCCGAGCAGGAGAUCUACAGGCUCCCGAGGAUGGACCAUCAGGAUAUCCUGCAUUACAUUGGCGUGGAUAAGAAAGGAGACAAUCUGCAAGCCGAGUAUUGGCUGAUCACUGCAUAUCAUGAGAAGGGCUCUCUCUGCGACUACCUUAAAGCGCACACCCUUAGCUGGUCGGACGCCUGGCGCAUCGCGGCGUGCGUGGCGCGCGGCCUGGCCCAUCUCCACGAGGAGGGCGGCGGAAAACCCGCCGUCGCACACCGAGACUUCAAGUCCAAGAACGUCCUUCUAAAAUCCGACUUAUCCGCCUGCAUUGCCGACUUCGGUCUAGCCUUGGUGUUUGUAGCCGGGCAUGGCUGUGGCGAUGCCCAUGGGCAAGUCGGGACGAGACGAUACAUGGCCCCCGAGGUGUUGGAUGGAGCGAUCAACUUCACGAAGGACGCGUUCCUGAGGAUAGAUAUGUACGCGUGCGCGCUUGUGCUGUGGGAGAUCGCUUCGAGAUGUGACGAAGGCGGAGUGGAGCCAACAGCGCAAUACAGGCUGCCUCUGGAAGAGGAGGUCGGCCCUCAUCCCGGGCUUGAGGAGAUGCAGGAGGCGGUGGUCCAGCGGAAACUGCGGCCGGCCAUCCCGCCGCGGUGGAGGGAACAUCCCGGCCUAAACGUCCUCUGCGACACUAUGGAGGAGUGCUGGGACCACGACGCCGAGGCGCGCCUGUCGGCCUCGUGCGUGCUCGAGCGCGUCGGCGCGCAGCGCCAGGCCGCCUCCGACACCCCGCUGCUCAUACACGACCUCGCCUGCUGACACACGCCCCUCAUACACUUCUAGAUCUGUG